GCGGAGAAAGGAGCGGAGCGGAGCGCUCUGGCAGUCUCGCGCGCCUGGCGGGCUAGGUUGGUGCUGGCGAGGGGCGGGGCGGGCACCUCCAGGCCUAGUGGCAGGGGGCGUCGCCUGCCUGCCAGUGCGCCGACGGGGCGGGGCCCUUGUGCAGCUUGCGGGGCCGGGCCUUUGGGACGCUGGGCUGAAAGGAUGGGGCCUCCGCGGCGUUAACCGACUGUCAGCUCUGGGCGUGUAGCCGUAGUUUCCGGGCGAGGUACGUGUGAUGGUGCCAGGAGGAAGGAAGCGCCGUGACAGCGCCUCUGUCGGAGACCAGGUUCCGGGAGUGAGGAGGCCCUGCGACGACGGAGCUGGCGAGCUGGCCGCCGGCGGGCCGAGCGGUCACAGUAGGAGGCGGCGGCCCGGCCCGGAGCGGCAGGAGCAUCCCCGCACGGCGGAGCCUCCCCUCCCAGAUAUCUCCCGGGUCCAAUUCAGCACCUCUACCUGGCCAUCCUAACAAGGUGAUUUGUGAAAGGGUGAGACUUCAGAGCCUGUUCCCUCUUCUCCCAAGUGAUCAGAACACUACCGUUCAAGAGGAUGCUCACUUCAAAGCUUUCUUCCAGAGUGAAGAUAGUCCAAGUCCUAAGAGACAGCGCCUCUCUCAUUCAGUCUUUGAUUAUACAUCAGCAUCACCAGCUCCCUCACCACCAAUGCGACCAUGGGAGAUGACAUCAAAUAGGCAGCCCCCUUCAGUUCGACCAAACCAACAUCACUUCUCAGGGGAACGAUGCAUCACACCUGCACGAAACAGAAGAAGUCCUCCUGUUAGGCGCCAGAGAGGAAGAAGGGAUCGUCUGUCUCGACAUAAUUCCAUUAGUCAAGAUGAAAACUAUCACCAUCUCCCUUAUGCACAGCAGCAAGCAAUAGAGGAACCUCGAGCCUUCCACCCUCCGAAUGUAUCUCCCCGUCUGUUACAUCCAGCUGCUCAUCCACCCCAGCAAAAUGCAGUCAUGGUUGACAUACAUGAUCAGCUCCAUCAAGGAACAGUUCCUGUCUCCUAUACCGUAACAACAGUGGCACCUCAUGGGAUUCCACUCUGCACAGGCCAGCACAUCCCUGCUUGCAGUGCACAGCAGGUCCCAGGAUGCUCUGUGGUUUUCAGUGGACAGCACCUGCCUGUCUGUAGUGUGCCUCCUCCAAUGCUUCAGGCAUGUUCUGUUCAGCACUUCCCAGUACCAUAUGCUGCAUUCCCGCCCCUCAUUUCUAGUGAUCCGUUUCUCAUACAUCCUCCUCACCUUUCUCCUCACCAUCCUCCUCAUCUGCCACCACCAGGCCAGUUUGUCCCUUUCCAGACACAGCAAUCACGAUCGCCUCUGCAGAGGAUAGAAAAUGAAGUGGAGCUCUUAGGAGAGCAUCUUCAAGUAGGCAGUUUUACCUACCCUGCUUCAGCCCAUCCUCCAACAUUACCUCCAUCAGCUCCUUUGCAGUUCCUGACACAUGACCCUUUGCAUCAGGAGGUGUCUUUUGGAGUACCUUAUCCUCCAUUUAUGCCUCGGAGACUCACAGGACGUAGUAGAUAUCGAUCCCAGCAGCCAAUACCACCUCCCCCUUACCAUCCUAGCUUACUACCAUAUGUGUUAUCAAUGCUUCCAGUGCCGCCUGCAGUGGGCCCAACUUUCAGCUUUGAGUUGGAUGUGGAAGAUGGAGAAGUAGAAAAUUAUGAGGCCCUGUUAAACCUGGCAGAGCGACUGGGAGAGGCUAAACCUCGGGGACUGACUAAAGCAGAUAUUGAACAACUUCCUUCUUACCGGUUCAACCCUAACAACCACCAGUCAGAACAGACUUUGUGUGUAGUAUGCAUGUGCGAUUUUGAGUCAAGGCAGCUACUUAGAGUCUUACCCUGUAACCACGAGUUCCAUGCCAAAUGUGUUGACAAAUGGCUUAAGGCAAACCGUACUUGCCCAAUUUGCCGAGCUGAUGCUUCAGAAGUCCAUCGGGAUUCAGAAUGACCAGCCUAAGAGCACAAAUGUAAUUUGGGUGUUCCUCAUCACAUGUAUAUAUGGACUAUCCAUUGAACUUAACCUGUGUGGCUUCCAGCCCUCCCUUUACCAAAAGGGUCAGUGGACCUUUCUUUGCACUGUGUGACUUAAUCAGCUAUAAAAGCUUACAAUUAGUCUUCACAAUUAUGGGAUUGUUAUACUAACCGUGUGAUUGGAACUCCAAAGACUUUUUCUUUAGCUUAAUUUGUGUGUGCACUAACAUUCCCUGGUUUUUGUGUGAUCAUUCCGAGUGUUGCUGCAAGAUUACAGUGGACGUGAUCUUUUAGCAUGUGCUUUUUAUAAAAAGUGGUAGCUCCAGAUGAUAUAGCAAUCUACCUUAUAUAGAGCCUUCAGAAACUGUGAGUGGAAAUGAAUGCGGUGUAUGACUGUUGGUGAUAAGUGUAUCUGUGUGAGAGGCGUGUGAAACUUGCGUGGGGGCAUGGUAGCUAAUGUGCGUGUGAGAUCCUAUAUACCAGCAUGUACCAAGAAUGUGUGUGUAGUUUUAAUUAUGCUGCAAUGUAUAAUCUGGUGUGUUAUUUAAACAGCACUAGUACUGUACACUGGUUUUUCCCUUUUUUGCUGUUGCACACUGAGUGCUAAGGGUGCAUCAAUUAUAAGCACCAAAUACUCCAUCUCCUUCCCUCCCAAUGAAUGGAAUGAGAAAGCCUUCUUCCUUUGCUCCAGGCAGCUGUCCCCUUUUCUCCUUCGGUGGUCCCAAGUGGGUCACUUAAGAAAAAAAAGUGUAACAGAUUCUCCAUUACCUGAUUUUUUUUCGUUUUAAGUCUCCAACUUGCUGUUUCCAAAAAGAAGGUGCAAUAUCCUACAUCAUCAGUUAGCAAUAUUAGCAUUUCAAUCAAUGAUUUGAAUGUUGAUGCUUUGUUUUUCCUUUACAUUUCCAGUAAGCUUCUUACGAGAAGUACCUGUGAUUCUUUUAUUUUUUUCUAAUGUUUAGAUUUGUAGUCUAUUCUGAAGAUGUUUGAGUAAUAUAUUUCUAAGAAUACCGCUGGUCCCAUACGCUCACCUCCAUUGACUUCCAACAGAACAAAAUAUGUUAAGUAAACUCAGCUUGAUUUCUGAUACGCGUUCUUUAUUCAAACUUCAAUGAGCAACUAAAUUGUUUUAAGAAAACUAUCUGUUCUUAGGGAUUCAUUUCCCACACUCCAGUUCUGAAAGUUGUCUGGUUGUUCCCUCAGUAAACGCUCUCUCAUUGAAACCCUUGUUUCAGGAUGGAUCAAGUGCUGUGACAGCUUGUUUCUUAGGCCUGAUAUGCUUCGGCGUCUUAUUGCUUCUCCUUUUCAUUUUUGUUAGAAUGAGAAAAGGUUAAUACAACAGGUGCCCAGAAUACUUGCAGUGCAAACGGAGAUUUGAUUUUUGUAUAAUAAGAAAAUAAUGCUGUCAAACAGGCAUUGACCUUUAUUUAAUCUGAAAUAAUAUGUAGCUAUAUGGUUUUUUAAAAACUGACUCUACACAGCUUGUUUGAAGUCAUUUAUUCAGCAAUAUUCGAUUCCUUUCUCGUUCUCUCAGUGUGCUCUACAUCGUCUUCUCUUCGGAGUUGUUUGCAGCUGCACAUGCUGCAUUAUUCCAGUCAGGACUGUGAUAACUUGCUGCCAUCCUCACUCAGCGUUAACUGGCUCUGGGUCCAUUUUGUACUCAGACAGUGUUAACUACUUGUUACUGCCAUGCUGCUUGCCCUCUCUUGGAGUCUCUAUAAGCUCAUCGCAGGCUAGAGUUCAGUAAAGUCAAUUCAAUUCACACAGAAGCACAAUUUUGUCCUCUUCCAGACACUGUUGCCUCUAUCUAGUCAGACAAAUAGGAUUUUACCUACUUUGUGUUUGCCCCUAGAUUUGUUUGUGUGUCAGAACUACACUUAAACAAUGGAAAAUGUACACGCUACUUCUUAAUCAUUAGGAUCACCCCCUGCUGUUCCUAAUGAAUAAAAAGUGUGUUAAAGACCAAAAUUAUUGGCAUAUAAUCAGCUCCAAAUCACAGUUUAAUCUUCAUUUUUUAAUUAAAAAAUCAUGUUUAAAGUGGCAAAAUGCCCAUCAUAUACAUAGACUCUUUUAUAUAGCUGCAAAGAAUUUGUAUCUGUACAGAUCUAACAUAACACUACUGCACUCAGUAUUCAUUUUAUUGAAGCAUGCAAGUAAAGCACUUUUUCUAAUUUAUAUAGCGAUACCUAAUUAACAGGGCACAUUGUAUUAAUGACUAGGAAAAGUAGCUUUUUCUUUCCUUCUGACUAUGAAUUCUUGUCAUAGUGACCCUUUUCUAGUAAAUUUUUUAGAGGUAGUUGGCAAUUUAGGAGGCAGCAGGGUCUGUUUUGGUAAAAUCCUGUUGAAUUGUUGUGUUGUAACUGAUCUCUCUUUGGGAAUGUCCUCUCUUCCCAUGGGGCUCUCAGAGAUGGUCCACACCUGCUUACUAAGCAAUUGGUUAGUGUAUGUUAGGAGCACACUUGCAGGUGAUCUCUGGCUGGCCACGGUGGGCAUCUUUGUGGCUAGGAGACAAAAAGCACAGUUGAUUCCUGCCCACCCUGUUGCUUUGGGUGGUGUACCAAAAGCAGGUAGAUUCUGGCUCCUUCACCUCUUUCCUUCUUACCAUCUUAACUCGGAUGUGGAUUUUUUUUUUUUUUUUUUUAAGAUUUAAGAUAUGGGGUUUUGUUUUGUUGUGGUUUUUUAGUGUUUUUUUAUUUCCUUUUUUAUUUUUCUUUUUUGGCAUGAAUCAUCUUUGAUAUUUUUUUAACUGCCACCUCCAUAGAACAACUCCCAAGGCCUCCCAAGUAUCAAAUCUCAUACUAGGAUUUUCUGCCCUGAUUUUUUUUUUUUAAGCAAGAUCUGGAAAAUGUGAAAGCAUAUUAGAUUUUAUACAUGCUCUGAAUGUAAUUUGUUAAAAUUCUUAAAUUUGGGCCUCUUGUGAUAAUUUUGAAUGAGAUCCGCCAACUCAUUUCUGAGAAUAUUUUUCACAGAUACCUGUAGGCCUUCACUAGAAAGCUAUGUCCCCUGUUAGUGCAUUUGGUUACCUCAUUUUGCCAUUUGUUUCAGAUUAUGAAAACUCACAGGGGUGUUUGUUGGAAUCAUUUGCUGAGUCAUUUCCUCAAAUCAUAUUCCAUUGUAUCAGUUAACAAAUAGUUUUAAAUGUAUGUAUUAUAAAUAUCUGUAACCAAAUCAUUUGAAGGCUUGAUAAAUUUUUAACAAAGUUUGUACAUUUUUUAUGAAAGUUACUAGUAAUGCUUUACUAAGUAGUGCAAUGAAUUUUUAUUUUUAAUCCCUGUGCCCAAUUUUGGAGUUGAGAGGGUUGUUGGUAAUAAAUGUAUGAUGUACACUUAAAA